AUGUUGGCGGCAUCUUUGGUGCAGGCUGACAACAACACUACUAUUCAAUAUGGUCCAGAAGGAAAUCUCAUCGUCCCCCAUGCUAUAGUGCGUCGAUUUGCAGAACAACAAAAGCAAGCACAAGCUUCCAUUUAUGAUGAAAAUGGCCGAGUCAAGUUGCCAGAGCAUCUUUCUACUGCCCAUCCCGAUGAUUUCACUCAUGAUCAUCAUGGUCGUGUACUUUCCAAACGUCAAGCAGCUAAUGGUGGUGGUGGCAUUACCUACAACAGCGAGGGCGGUAUUGUUUUACCAAAUAAGGCCUCCUUUGCAGCAGCACCUGCACAACAAGCGGGUGGCAGUGGUGUGACCUACAACAGUGAAGGUGGCAUUGUUUUGCCCAAUAGACUCGCAUUUGCUGCAACACCUGCACAACAAGGUGGUGGCAUAUCCUACAAUAGCGAAGGCGGCAUUGUGUUACCUAAUCGACUCGCAUUUGCUGCUAACAGCAACAACCAAGGCAGCGGUGGUGGUUUGAGUGGUGACACUGUUCCUAUGCCAUACACCAAGAAUAAAAUGGCAGCAGGCGGUUCCUCUGGUAGUAGCGGUGGUGAUCUUAGCGGUGACACUGUUCCUAUGCCAUACACUAAAAACAAGAUGGCAGCAGGCGAUUCUACUGGUGGUAGCAGUGGUGGCGAUCUUAGUGGUGACACUGUUCCUAUGCCAUACACUAAAAACAAGAUGGCUGCAGGUGAUUCUAGUGGUGGUAGCGGCAGCGGUGACCUUAGUGGUGACACUGUUCCUAUGCCUUACACCAAAAACAAGAUGGCAGCAGGCGAUUCCACGGGUGGUAGCAGUGGUGGCGAGCUUAGUGGUGACACUGUUCCUAUGCCUUACACUAAAAACAAAAUGGCUGCAGGUGAUUCUACUGGUGGUAGCGGUGGUGGUGACCUUAGUGGUGAAACCGUUCCUAUGCCUUACACCAAGAACAAGAUGGCUGCUAACGAGCAAAAACAAGGAGGCAUUACUUACAACAGUGAAGGUGGUAUUGUUUUGCCAAACAGCAUGGCCACAUCCAAUAUGCAAUUUGCAGCAGCCAAUACUCAAGAUGAUAGCCAAUACCACAAAGGAGCCGGUUCUUUCUAUGAUGCACAAGCCCAUGUUGGUGUAUGUGGAAAACGCGUUAAGAACACUGAUCCUGUUGCAGCUCUCAAUGUCAACCAAAUGGGAACCAACUCGGGUAAAAUGAAGGAGAAAUGUGGCAAAAAAGUGGAAGUGGUCGGUCCAAAGGGUGACAAAGUGGAAGCUGAGAUUGUUGAUCUUUGUAAUACUUGCAACGAAGGGGACAUCGAUAUGAGCCCUGCUGCUUUCGAGAAAAUCGCUCAAUUCACAUCCAUGAAGACCGAUGUCAAAUGGAAAUUUACAUCAUAG